UUUGAAAUUGUUGUCAGUAGUUAUUUGAAAAAAGAAUUUUCUUUCCGCAUAUUCAAAAUUCUUCGUAUCUUUUAUUUGAAUUUUUUUUGCUCUUAAAACAUUUUUGAAAUCAGAGUAGACAACGAAGUGAACUUCCAAAAAAUCUUAGACAUUAGAGAAGACAAGAGCUGUCGCAGUUUAAUUUUUUGUGAAUUUCUUUGUACUAAAACCGACUUUUAUCAGAAAAGAAUAUAAUGUCACGCAUCGGCAUCAACGGUUUCGGACGCAUCGGCCGGCUAGUGCUGCGCGCUGCCAUCGACGACUGCGCCUUUGUCGUCGCGAUCAACGACCCGUUCCUCAAUCCGCAUUACAUGGCCUACCUCUUCAAGUACGACUCGACGCAUGGCCGCUUCCAGGGUGAGGUGGCCGCCGAAGAGGACUGUCUCAUCAUCAACGGCACGAAAAUACGCGUCUUCAACCAAAGCGACCCGACCUUAAUCAAUUGGUCCAGCGCCGGUGCCGAAUACAUUGUCGAGUCAACUGGCGUAUUUCUGACAAUGGAAAAGGCGGCCGGGCAUUUCGUCGGCGGCGCACGUAAGGUCGUCAUUAGUGCACCCUCGCCAGAUGCGCCCAUGUUGGUGGUGGGCGUGAAUUUGGAUAUUUACGACAAGGAAAUGCGCAUAAUUUCGAUGGCCUCCUGCACAACCAAUUGCCUGGCGCCACUGGCCAAGGUAAUACAUGAGAAUUUCGAAAUCGUCGAGGGUUUGAUGACCACCGUGCACGCCGUCACAGCCACGCAGAAGGUGGUGGAUGCGCCGAGCGCCAGACUUUGGCGUGAUGGACGUAGCGCCGCGCAGAAUAUAAUACCCGCCACAACGGGUGCUGCUAAGGCCGUCGGUAAGGUUAUACCUUCCUUGAAUGGCAAGCUAACGGGCAUGGCCUUCCGAGUGCCGGUGCCAGACGUGUCUGUGGUGGAUCUGACAGUGCGUCUCAACAAGCCGGCGCCAUACGAGACAAUCAAGAAAAAGAUUAUGGAAGCGGCAAACGGACCCUUGAAAGGCAUACUUGCCUACACCGAGGAGGAGGUGGUCUCGUCGGACUUUCUACAUGAUAUAAACUCGUGCACCUUCGAUGCCAAGGCGGGCAUAUCACUGAACGACAAGUUCGUGAAGCUAAUCGCUUGGUAUGACAACGAGUAUGGCUAUUCGAGGCGCAUCAUCGAUCUCAUUCGUUAUAUGCAGAAGAAGGAGUAAAGCUGCGGGAUUUGGAAGUGAAAUUUGUGUCGAAUGACAGAAUUUUUGUAUUAUUUCGUUUGAGUUUUGUUUUUAAAUUAAAUAUUUAAUGACAAUAAAUGAAAAUGAGUACUGAA